AUGCACCACUCAUCGCACUCCUCGUCGUACCCGGGCACCAAUCUCCCUCGCACACUCCAGCGACCACCGCUGCCUAGAGUGCCCGCGGAAAGCAUAGGGGCCAUCGCCCCCGAGCUCGCCGGCGUACCUGUCGAAUACGUGAAGCGCCAUCUCGCAUCCAAUGCCAGGCAGAUGUUGGCCGGCAGCGCUUCGCUGUCGAUCCCUUCGCCGACGAAGGGUCAUCUACCCGCGUAUCUGAGUGUCGGAUGUCGCCCUUCGCGUGGCGCAACCUACCCCACACAUCUCCUUGCGAUCGGCUGCAGCAAGGUCAACGCUCACGCCGACCAGACCAUGAUGUUCGUGCCCACCCAUGCAAUCGUCCUCGCCGCGCACUGCUCUCGUACGCCGCCCCUUGACGCCACAGUGUCCCAUCCGAGCGAAGACAAACUUCGGCUACGCAUCGUGCGCAUGAUGAUUCCAUCGCCAGCCGCCUUUUCCAUCUUGCACAACUACAUGUAUAAUCUUCGACCGGACGGCGUUGUGCAUGCGUUGUUGCCGAGGUUGCCUGCGAACAUGAUCAGCUCGCUGAGGACGCAGGAAGCGAUACGUGCCACUCUCGGAUCCGGGACGACGAAGCAUCAGCUCGCGUCGGCCCUCGCGCACGGGGCAUCGUACAAUUUGUCCCACCUGACAUCAUGCGCCGCCCAUGCUAAGGAGAUGUGGCACGAUAUGGUGUCGCUGGGGAUGAACGAUGCGCUUCUGUGGGACACCCUCGACCUGUGUUGGGAGAUCAUCCUGGCGGCGCUGAACCUAGCGUUCUCGAGGCAAUGAAAUGGAGAGAAAAGGGAAAUUUUGCGGAUCGAUAUUGCGGCGCGCGUCAGCCGCGCGCUGGACACGACUUGAACGACACGCUCGUAUUCCUC